GCGGAGCCGAGCAGCAGCGGUGCAGAUGUUUUAGAACAGCUUUUAUUGUCAUUGAACAACGUCCAACGAAGUUACAGUCUAGAGGAAAUAGAAAUUAUCCGGAUAAAUGUGUGAAUUGAAACUUCACUAACUAAGUUAUCGGUGAGACUAUUCGGGUCGCGGUGUGUGCUGUGGUUUCCCCGGAGCACACCGACUGUUCAGGGAGCAGGGACUCGCUUUGUUGUUGGGCGGAGCAUCACCCGCUAGCUUACUUUAGCUAACAUGCUACCACGGGGUAGAGUCCGGUAACAAUGCCUGGCUGUGGACUCACACGCCGGCCUUCUUUGUCUCAUCGUCGCUUUGGAUAGCUAACAACAGCCCGACACCUGUCCUCGGCCUGGCCUCAUGGAUCCCGGCGGAAGUGAACUGGACUCCAGCCUGCCUCAGCCCGAGAACCCGUGUCUGAUCGUGGAGGACUCCCAGCCAGACAGCGUCGCUCUAGAGGACGAUCCUGAGAGCAGCUACCGAGCUUUGCUGGCCCGCCGCCUGUCCAGCCUGCAGCCCACCUCCCGCAGUCCGGUUCUGGAACUGAUAUCCUCACCACUAGGAAGCAGAUGCUCUCAGACUGACAGCCAAUCAGAGAGUUCCCAGAGUAACAACCAGGCUGACCCCGGCAUUCUCACGGCGGCCGACCCCAGUUCAGGAUUCCAAGAGGACAGUCAAGUUAUAAACGUUUGUCCUCCUCCAAACAAGAAGAAGUGUGCACCAGCGGACACCGAUAUGGAUUCUGGAGCUGAUUCUACCACACACUGCGUUCAGUCCGAGGAGGGAACCUCUCAGUUUGGGUUUCUCGAGCUUUCUCAGAGUCAGGAUCUUCGUGGUGAAGUGGUGAACAGUCAGGAGGAAGACAGAGUCCCUCAGCCAGACAGUGAGACAUGCACCAAAUCUGCAGAGCAGAACGUCAGCUCCAGGACGUCAGCGAGUCAGGACAACAAAAUUGUGAGAUCUGAGGUGAGCUCCAGCAGCUCAUCGGACUCUCCGGGUCAGUCGGGCAGGCAGCUGACUGUUCAGGUUCUGCUGCAUUCGCAGGGCCUCCAGGACUCUGGUGAGCAGGACCACCAGGACUGCCAGAUCCUGUCCUCGCAGGAGGACCUGUUCGACACUGACAAGACAGGUGCUGCAGUCGACAGCACAGUGUCUGAGCCGGAGCAGCAGGGUAACCCCACCUCGACACCAGCCCACACCCUGCGGCUGCUGCAUCUCUCUGGACAGGGAACACUGGUGCAGCAAAGUCUGUCCCAGAGCUCGGUUGAUUACGUUGCCCCAACCCCAGACAACUGCAGCCACACUCCUUUAAUUGUUCCCAGCUCACCAACGGAACCGGAGAACGAACAUGGUGCUGAUGAACCAAUGGAUACUUCAUUGCCCCCAGAGGAUCGAGCGGCGGAGAAGGAGGAACAGCCAAUGGAAACGGAUGCCACUUCUAUGCCACACCCAUCCGCCUCUACACCCGUAUCCCAGAAUUCCCCUGGUUUUGCGUUGGAGCGCAAUUUCUCUAUACCGUCCCAGCCAGAGUUCUCACAUGACGUGUUUGUCCCGACGCAGAGCCAGGAGGAGCCACAGCAGUCUGAUAAGAAGUCGGCAUCAUUGCCUCGUGAGACACAAUCUCAACAUCUGGAGUCAGCUCCUUUCACUUUGCCUUUGCUCUCUGUGAACACGGAGAGCAGUAGCCCAGCUCAGCAGACCUCAGAACAGAUUGAAGAGGACAGUCAGGCCACGCAGAUAGACGAAUUGGAAGAACUGCCCGGCGUCGAUACCAGUGACGCUGUGAUUUCACGCUGCGAACAGAAGAGCGAGAGCAACGGCGUCCCCUCAGAAUCACAAAUUGCCACCAGUUCGAAAGCUUCCACCUCUGCUGAAUCACCAAAGCAUCGCAGUGAAUGUGCCAAGAUCGAGCCGUCCAAUCUGUCGCAAAAGUCUGAUGUGCAAAAAAAGACAGCAGCGUCUUUGAAUGUACAAAAUGUGAAUGUAAAAGACAGAAAGAGCGACUGCAAAGAGGUGAGCUCUGCUGACACCGUGACCUGCUCUCAACCAAAGCUCGAUUCCUCUGACCUGACUGUUAACAGCUGUGUGCAGGAGACUCCCGCAGACAACACACCCUGCAGUUUGCCCUCGCAGUCCAUGAUCUCUCAGACAUCUGUUGUGGAUGUGGUGAAGAGCUCUGUGGAUGUAAGAGGAGGAGCUGCCAAGAGUCAGUCUGUAGAAUCAGUGUCACCGCAGUGUGGAAGGGUUGGCAACAGCCAGACUGUUAGAGACAUGACGGCUGAGCGUGAUCAGGGUGAAGUGGAGGAGGAGGAGGUGGUGAUGGAGGAGGCAGAGGAGGAGAGUGCAGGGGUAAGUGGGGCUUCAGGAAUGGCUCUGCUUCUCUCCCAGAGCCAGCUGUUGUCUCCUGAGCCCAUGGAGGAGGACAGUGAAGACCAGGGAGCGGACAGCGUCGUCAUAGUUACAGACAGCGAGAGAGGCUCCCAGAUCCUGAAGAAAGAUGUGACGCCACAGUCAAAGACCAGCAGCUCCCAGCCAAUCAGAGGCAACGUGUCCGCCUCCACUAACGGCCACGAGUCGCAGGUGAAGGCGAAGGAGGUGAGCCUGGAUGCUGAUAGGUUCUCCCAGACUGAGAGGGCGGGGCCUGAACCAGACGGGCUCAAAGACAAGAGCCUCAGUGAUAGCUCGGGAGAAAUUUCCUUCCACUUUACGCUUCCCAAAGAAGGGGAGCUGAUUGGUCCUGCAGUGGGUGCCACACCUCCCCUGAUCAACCAGCUGAAGCAGACGCUGAGACACAGCACUCCCAUUGAGGUCACUUCUUUUUCUGAAAAGCCAGACAUGGUGGGUGACGUCUCUGCAGACGUGGCGAUGGCUGCCAGUGACAUCGUGUCCGGGGAAAGCGGCGAGGACACGGCGGAAAAGGAGAACGGGAAGCUGAGUUUGAGGAUGAAGCUGGUGACCCCCGUUGAAGAGGGCAGCUCUGAGCGCUUCAGCCUGCAGAAGCCAGCACUAUCACAGGAGGAUGGAUCCGUUGUCAAGGUUACCACUAUUUCCAAGGCUGUAACCAGCAGCCCGUCGGUGUUUAGUCGAGUCAGGCAGGUGCACAGACAGCAGGAGGCAGAGGAGGAAAGCCAGCCUGCAGGAAACUCGACACCUGUCAGGGGGGAGCUGUUCACCUCGCCUCAGAGAAACUCCCAGGCGUCCUCGGUGGGAUGCAACAGCCUCCCUAACAGCCAGUCAGAGCCUUCACAACAGGAAGUAUUGGCCACGCCGCCGCAGAACCUCCGAAACACCCCCGCCCCCGCCGAUCAGUCUGACGAGAGGCGAGAACCGCUUGAAGUGUCAGCGCCUCCUGCUCCGAACAGGACAGAUGGCAGGCAGAGGGUGGUGUCCCAGCAGACCUUUGACAACACCAUCACCUCCAGUCCGUCCAGCAAGCUCCGUCAGCGGACAGUCUCGCAGCAGACCAGCUUCGAUGCACCGGGGCUGCGUUCCCCAGCCGGCAGGGGUGAACCCGAGACUCCGUCCUUUAGGAGGACCGCAGGCCCCUCCCACUGCAGACAUGUGCGCACCAUCCAGGAAGUGCGGACCACCAUCACACGGAUCAUCACAGACGUGUAUUAUGAGGACGGCAAAGAGGUGGAGCGCAAAGUCACGGAGGAGAGCGAGGAGCCCGUGGUGGACUGCCACGUGUUGGACAGCGACAUCUCCCCGUGCCGCACGGGCAGCAGCUCCGUGACCUCUGGUGACCUGGGCGACAUCAGCUCUCUGUCGUCCAAGGCCUCCAGCCUGCAGCACAGUUCGGGAGGAACCAGCAGCAGCAGCACCGGCCUCACCAGGCCGGAGUUCCUCAUGCCGCUCAGCCGAGGGGCCAAAUCCAUCAGGGGAGGUGGUGCUGGCUCAUUGCAUAGACUUGGUGCUCAUGGCCAGCCACAGUCCUCCUCAGAGGAUGAGCCCUACACCCGCAUGCUCCCCCCGCGCCUCCCCGUCAGCCCCACAGACGCCGAGCUCCCCAGCCACUCCGACUCCCUCAGGUCAUCGCCGGAGGAGACGAGCUUGGCCGGCAGCAGCUUCGUGGGCCUGCGGGUGGUGGCCAAGUGGUCGUCCAACGGCUACUUCUACUCAGGCCGCAUCAUCAAAGAUGCCGGCGAGGGGAGAUUCCGUCUGCGCUUUGACGACGGCUACGAGUGCGAGGUGGGGGGGAAGGAUAUCCUGCUGUGUGACCCCAUUCCCCUGGAGACGGAGGUCACCGCUCUGCUGGAGGACGAGUACUUCAGCAUAGGUGUUGUGAGGGGCCAUAAAUCAGAGGGCCAGGAGCUGUUCUACAGUGUGGAGAGGGACGGCCAGAGGCAGUGGUACAACAGGACCGCAGUCAUCCUUUCUCUGGAGCAGGGGAACAAGCUGAGGGAGCAGCACAGCCUCGGGCCCUACGAGCCCUCCACUCCCCUGGCCAAGGCCUCUGACAUCAGUCUGGAUAACCUGGUGGAGGGGAAGAGGAGGCGCAGGCUGGCCCCCGGAGGCCAGAACACUCCCAACCGCAGCUCCUCCAGCAGCCCCCGCACGCCAGGCCCCUCCGGCAAGAGGAAGCUGAUGACCUCUGGGGAGGAGAGGACGCCGGCCAAGAGAGGCCGCAGGGGUCAGGGCGCCCGAGCCGGUCAGCGGGUGGGUGUGUGUAACACCUCCGGCAGCGGCACAGAUCUGCCCGGUGAGUCCUGUGACGUGGCAGACACUCACGGCCCGCUGCCCCAGAACGCGUCUCUCUUCAUGGGCUUCGCGUUCAUGCUGACGGCCUCGUCGGAGAACGACCGGCUGACCAACAAGCUCAUCGUCGACGGCGAGGAGGAGGAUUACAUAGAGACAGGUCCAUACAACAAAGUGUACACGGAGUCCCAGCUGCAGGCAGGUGGAGGCUUCAUCCUGCCGGAGUUCAAUGAAGAACAGUGUAAGGCAGCGUACCAGAGCCUGCUCAUCGCAGACCAGCACUGCCGUACCAGGAAAUACGUGCUGUGUUUGGCCAGCGGUGUGCCCUGUGUGUCGCAUAUAUGGGUGCGAGACUGCUGCAAAGAGAACAAGCUGCUCAACUACAGGAAUUACCUGCUGCCAGCCGGUGUGGGGCCAGACGACGCCAUAGUGGAGUGGCAUCCCCGCUGCAGCCCGUUCAAAGGCCUGCGGGUCCUUCUGGUGUUUGAGAAGCCAGUGGAGCUUUGGGCACAGCUGAUCACCAUGGGCGGAGGGUCCUCUGUCCGACAUUUCCAGAGAGACAAGGACAGCUCAGACAUUCCUGCUGGCAAGUAUGAUGUUGUGGUGACAGACCAUGCCUGUCCACCACUGCUAGAGAAAAAUGUGACGUCACAGGAAGUCCCACUGGUGUCCCCUGAGUGGCUCAUUCAGAGUGUCAUCAGUGGGGAGCGCUUGGGUUUCCAAAGCAAGCCUCAGUAUCGCCACGACUACUCCUCGUAA